AAAACACCACAAAAGAGGUGCACUUGUGAUUUUCGUCCUCUGCGGAAAUAUUCAUAAUUUUCCUAGUUUUUCAACAGCGCAAAGUGUGUGUCAGUAAUUUUCCGGCCUCCCCCAAACUGUGAUCUUCCUCGAAAGAAACCAAUCCCGUAAGAACAAUGGCCACAACACAGCAGGUGACGUCCAGCAGUAGCAGCGUUGCUAGCGGAAAAUCAAAGGACAAAAAAUCGCAAGAGGAAAUCUAUGCCGAAUUUCAGCAGCUGCGAAAUCAGCAGAGGAAUUUAAUCAACAAUCUCAACACGCUGGAGAUGGACCUCAAAGAACACAAGACCGUGAUCGAUACGUUGAAGACGGUAGAACCGGGUCGAAAGUGCUUCCGACUUAUUGGCGGUGUUCUGUGCGAUCAAACGGUGGAAGUCGUGCUGCCUCAGUUGGUACAGAACAAGGAACAGCUGGAGAAGCUGAUCGAGACCGGAAAAGACCAAAUCACUAAAAAGGGUGUGGAGAUUAAUCAAUUCAAGGACGAGCACAACAUCAAGAUCCGUGGACAGGAUACGACACCGGCCGCCAACAGCGAUAAGGAAAAUGCCGACGACAAAUCGGCUGCCUCCGGAACUAGGAACGUGCUGGUGGGAAAUCUGUAAGACCAGCCUAAAACGCAUGUCCUUCCUACUUUCGCUAACACCACCCACACACACACAUACAUGGCAAUAGCUGCUGCCUUCACGCGAAGGUUUGUAUUGGUUGUAAAAUUUCGAUAAGAUUGCGCGCGUAGGUCGAAAUUGCAAUUUCGGAUUCCCACGAUACUCAACAACGUAGGCAGAACUGUUAACACACUCAUGCCAGGGAAUUAGUCAGACAAAGAUCACACAUACUUACUAUCAAUUUAUUUAUCGUAACCCGUAAUCGCGUAGCAUAAUGUAACGGUCCUCAUCUUUUCCGGUAAGCACUAAUGCAGAAUUUAUUUUUACUAUAAUUGCUAUCAUUUAUCUGUUCACCUUGUUGCUUGAAUAAAUUACAAAUAAGGAUAGGAAUUAGUAA